AUGGCCCCUCCUGCUCCUGUGGAGAUGUCCGAACGCUGUUUGCACGUGGAAAACGGCCCUGCCGCCCCCAAUUUCCCUCCUACUUUGAGCACCGAGAGGCCUGUCGCUGUUCGACCUGUGGCUCGUGACUUACACUUGGAGGACUAUCGAGACACGAAGACUCACCGCGCUCCUCAUCAGCCACACCAAGCACCGCCUCCAGCAGCUGCCGAGAACACGCACCGUCAUGCUGGGCCGGCCUACGACUUUGCUUACCGACACCCGGGCCAGACGCAUACAGCAAGCUCCCCUCAUCACACAUACGAGCGCUCUCCCUUCUCUGCUGGCACGUACACACGCCACUCAUACCCCGAGUACCCUCGCUAUAGCGAAAUGGGCCACGCUGGAGCCCCUCAUGAUCAGAAGCAGCGGAAACGCCGCGGUAAUCUUCCCAAAGAAACGACCGACAAACUACGGUCAUGGUUCCACGCGCACGUCUCACACCCUUAUCCCACCGAAGACGAGAAACAGGAACUGAUGCGUCAGACUGGGCUACAAAUGAAUCAAAUUUCCAACUGGUUCAUCAAUGCGCGCAGGCGUCAGCUUCCCGCCAUGAUCACAAAUGCCCGCGUCACCUCCGACGCCAUCAGUGGCAGAAGCGCUGAAGGAAAAGUUCUCUCAAGCACCGAGGGAUCGGAUCCGCAUAUGCAGCAAGAUGGCUUGACGCUAAGUGAUGGCGAAGGGGUCCCGUAUGAGGAGGAGUUGGAGUCAUUCCAGCGAUACCGAGGGUCAGCCUCAAAGCGCACCAGCGUGUGA